CGGUUCAACGCAGUACUGUCCACCAUCAACAUCAUCAGCAUCAUCAUGACUUUCGCUUCGUCUUCUUCUGCCGCUGCAUCGCUUACAAGGACUGCAGCCUCUCGUGCACAAGCUACAGUCCUACGCCGGCGCGGCUUUGGCACGUACCCCGGCCAGCCUUCCGGACCUAAUGUCCUCACCUCUUCCGUCCCCGGUCCCAAGUCAAAGGCAGUCCUCGAUGACCUUAACCAGGUGGGAGAUUUUAGGACUGCCAUCGUAGCUCUACAGUACCCGAAGUGCAAGGGAAACUAUGUAGUCGAUGCGGACGAUAAUACCCAUCUCGACAUGUUUGGACAGAUUGCCUCCAUUAGUGUAGGCUACCGCAAUGAAGAGCUGGAAAAGGUCGCCCGCACCGAAGAGUUUGCCAUGGCAGCCAUGAAUCGUCCUGCGCUGGGCGUAUUUCCUCCAGUGGAUUGGAGGGCCACACUCGAUGCCGGUCUGCGAAAGGACUCGGUGCGGCCGCGUGGUCUAAGUCAGAUCUUCACGGCCAAUUGUGGCUCCACGGCAAACGAAUCGGCCUACAAGGCGUGCUUUAUGGCGUAUAUGCAUCGCAAGCGAGGCCACUCUGACUUUGAUCAAAAGACCAUGGCUUCAAGUAUGGACAAUGCUGCGCCGGGCGCGCCCACGUUGAGUAUGCUUAGCUUCAAGACUGGUUUUCACGGCAGGCUCUUUGGAUCCCUAUCUACGACGCGGUCUAAGCCGAUCCACAAGCUGGAUAUUCCGGCUUUUGACUGGCCAGCGGUGGACUGGCCAGCUCUCAAGUACCCACUGGAGGAGCACGAGGCGGAGAACCGCAAGGAAGAGGAAAGGGUGAUUGCUCUCGUCGAGGAGACAAUUGAGCAAUGGGAGACCAAGGCGCCCGUCGCUGCCGUCGUCGUAGAGCCCAUUCAGUCCGAAGGGGGCGACAACCACGCCUCUCCGCACUUCUUUCGCAGACUGAGAGAAGUGACAAUACAAAAGGGAGUGUACAUGAUCGUGGACGAGGUGCAGACUGGUGUGGGCGCUACGGGAACCUUUUGGGCACACGAGAAGUGGGAUCUGCCAACACCGCCAGACGCUGUGUCCUUUAGCAAGAAGAUGCAGGCUGCUGGGUACUACCAUACUGAAGAGCUCAGACCGUCGGCCGGGUACCGCAACUUCAACACAUGGAUGGGCGACCCAGCACGAGCAAUACAAGCGCGCGAAAUCAUCCGAUACAUCGAGGCCCACUCUCUCGUCUCUCAUACCGCCAGCAUGGGUACUCAACUGCACUCGAUCCUCGCAUCCCUCUCCUCCCGCUACCCGACCCUAGUGCAGAACCUGCGAGGCAAGACCGAAGGCACUUUCCAGGCCUUUGAUUGUGAAACGGGCAAAGAGAGGGAUGCACUUGUGGCUGGUAUGAGGAAGAGAGGUGUGUUGGUUGGAGGCAGUGGAGAGAGGGCAGUCAGACUGCGGCCCCUGCUGAUCUUUGGAGAAAAGGAGCUGGAAAUCUUUGCGGAGACGCUGGAGGCGACGCUGAAGGAGAUGGCCUAACGGGGCAUGAUCUCGACUUCGUUUCGUCACCAAGAGGUCAUAAUCACGUCACCUGCUCUCACGACCGUACAAUGCCCACAGGUCUUGCGAAAGUGAGAGCCCUGCUCAUGCACCUCCGCCCUGCAGUGGCCAGUCCAGCUUAGUGCCAAUGUUCCAGUGCACGCUCUUCACCUCGGUCCAUUCCUUGAUAGCAUCCACCCCGAGCUCGCGACCCAUCCCGCUCUGCUUAUAGCCUCCAAAAGGUACCGCGUUUGACAGGAGGGCAUAAUUAUUGACCCAAACUGAAGGAGGGGAGGAGAUGCGCAGGCGUCAGCUUGAAGCAUGGAGCAGUGUGGGUGAUUGACUUCUCCACUCACUCGUGCCAGCUUUCAGGGCAGCCAGAACUCGCAUGCACCGCGAAGCACCCGUAGAGAAGAUUCCAGCAGCGAGUCCAUACUCGGUGUCAUUGGCCAUCUCAAUUGCCUCUUCCUCGGUG